AUGAGAGUUUCUACCUCUUCGUUAUUUCUGGUGGGCAGUCUGGCCUCGCUCAUUGACGCAGCGCCGUUAGACCCGCCUUCUGUCAAAUUCGUUUCACCUUCAAAGCUCAAUCCCGGCAGCGCACAGAACGUUAUUGUCGAAUAUUCAGGCGAUGUCGACGGGCAAUUGAUUUUGACCUAUGGCUCAUGCGAUAGUGAACCUGUCAUCUCAGAGGCCAAGCAACGUAUCGGAUCAACGCACGUUGGCGGACACCCGUCAGCUGAGCGUCAUCUGGACCACCAGGACAGAAGACCUACAAAGUUUGUGUGGUUGGCUCCAGAGGAGCUCUCUAAAGGCUGUCUUCGUGCUUUCUUGGACGACGAACUCAUUGGCCAGUCCGAUGAACUCGUCAUCACUAAGCGAUUGGGCCGUCGAAGUGAGAAGAAAGCAUCGUUCGCAGACGUUUCUGGAGACGAUAGUUUGUGGUUCAACGGUGUUGCAUAUCUUAAACAAAAGCAGCCCGAGGAAUCCUUCGUUGCCGCAGUCAAGAACAAGUCCUUCGCCAUUCUGGGUGGUGGCAUCUCUGGACUUCUCACAUCUCUCAUCCUUGACUCUGUAGGCAUUCACAACUGGAAGAUUCUCGAGUCUUCUGAGCGCAUUGGCGGUCGUAUCAGGACUGCUUACUUGAACGGUACUUCCCCAGAGGAGGGACAAUACCAUGAACUUGGACCUAUGAGAUUUCCUUAUGAGCUCACCGAUUCCGAGACCAACGAGACUUUUCCGUUCAUGGACCAGCGCAUGGUUUUCCAACUAGCUGAUGUCCUCAAUGGAAUGAAUGUUGGCAACAAGUCACUGCAAGUCGAGUUCUGGGAUUGGAUUCAAAGUUCACCAAACACACCUGUCAAUUCACCUUUCCGACGACCAGACGGAACUUUCCCUGGAAAGACUGAAGUAGCUACUGAUCCUGCUUACGAGAACCCCACGGUUUAUCACAACGCCACAGCAGCUGAAGAAGCUAUCAAAGCGUUGGAUGAUUUCAAGGGCCUAGAUCCUGAGCGGAUCCGAAUGUACACCAAAAACAUCUUUAAGGCCUACAAGCAAGCCAAGGAGGACGGCGGGUUUGACUAUUCGGAAGUGUCUUACCUUCGAGACGUCAUUAAAACCGACCUCAACACGACAGACGAGGUCACGCCAUCGCAGAACUAUUGGCCUAUGUGGGAAUACGAGACCGUGUACUUCUUGGCUAGCAAAUGGGUGACCAUCAAGGGCGGUCUCAGCAGACUUCCUGCUGCCUUCGAGCCUCAUGUGAAGGACCGAAUUCAGUACAAAGCCAAGGUCAACGGUUUGCAAUACAACAAGAACAAGACAGUCUCUGUUUCUUGGAAACCCACUGGCUCUGAUCCCUUCAAAACUACUAACAACGUUGAGAACUUUGACUACGUACUCAACAGUGUGCCACUCAACUUACUCAAGUUCUGGAAGCUGCCGCCAUACUCGAGUCUGCUCAAGCGUGCGAUUGACCGGACUCUGUUCGCUAAUGCUUGCAAGGUUGCGGUUCAGUUCAAGACGCGAUUCUGGGAACACCUUGAGCGACCUAUUUUCGGCGGCUGCACUCGUAUCACCAGCCCCCAACUUGGUCAGGUCUGUUAUCCAUCAUGGCAUCUCAACGCCACAGGCCCAGGAACAUUGAUGGCCUCUUACCUCUCUGACUAUGAAGCCACCGCUGCGUGUGCCAUGUCGGAGGAGGAGCACAUGGCAUACAUCAAGGACGCUCUUACUGAGAUACACGGUGAUGUCGUCGAGGAGAACUGGACGGGUACCUGGGCCCGACAAUGCUGGGAGCAGGAAGAGCAUCACGCUGGUGCUUUCACCAUGCAGAUCUUUUCACAACAGCAUUUGUAUCUUCCUGCAUUCUAUCAGACAGAGUUCAACACUGUUUUCAUCGGAGAGGCAGCUACUUUCACACACACUUGGCUUUUCAGCGCCCUGGAGAGUGCGACUCGAGGAAGCGUCCAGCUACUAUUGGAUUUAGGACUGGUGGAUGAGGCUAAGAAGGUCACCGAGACCUGGAUGGCACGCUGGAUAGAAGUAUAA